GUGCCACUAUUCACGGUUCGGCAAGUUGCAGGGCUUUUGCGUUUGGUUUUCUGGAUUUUGUUUACUCGUACUUGAACUGCCGACUGAUGGGAAAGGCGUCCUGUUAGCAGCGCCAUGCGUUUCUCCACGAGCCUGCCAGCGACAGACAGAUAGCGACAAGUUACAGCAACAUCCUCCAGCAGCCUCCUCCACUCAUGGCCUUCUUCGGACAGCUGAGGCUUCUCCUCUGGAAGAAUGCACUGGGAAUCAUCAGGCAGCCGGUGUGGUCACUCACUCUGAUCAUCUGGCCAUUGAUUAUCUUCAUCAUCGUCGCUGUGACGCGCAACCAGUUCCCUCCCAUCUUGAGAGACACAUGCUAUGUGGGACCCCGUAAUCUCCCGAGUGCGGGCUUUUUCCCGUUCCUGCAGACUCUCAUGUGCAACACGGACAGCAGUUGCCAUAAUAAAUCUCGCCUGGCGGACCAAACGAUAUCAAGGUCAUCAGGGAAUGCAAGGUCACAGAAAAACUCACCACUGGUGAAUCUGAUGCAAGAGGGAGACUUUCUGAAGCUGGCUUACCCUGUUGAGGCCAGACGCGAUACUGAAGAGCUCAUCAGGCUCUUGGAAAAUAUUUUGGGAUCACCUAACCAAGGAAGGGCUAACGAAACUUCUAACAACAGAAACACCACUGUUGGGAUAAAUUAUGAGUCCUUGGCGUACGUGCAGGACACGGUGAACCUGCUGAAGAGAGCCGUCUGCACUCUGGUUCUGCCCAGGAUCAACACAACCUCACCCGAUGUCCUCACCGACGCCGCGGUUCAGUUCUGCACGACCAACGACACCCUGUUCGAAGUGUCUCUCUACACGCUCAACCAGGUCCUGACGGACCAGGUGCUGACAGAACCGGAUGAGAUGUUGUCGGCGGCUGGGGUGGCAGUAAUGCUGUUCAGUCAGCUGCAGAAUGAGAGUGUGUUGUGGGAGAGCCUCCUCGCCUUUCCCCAGAUGUUCUCCUCUGGUUCAGAGGCAGACCUGCUGAGCAGCACUGACGCCCUUCUCACGCACAUCCAGAGUGCACUGCGAGUCAUUGAGAAGAAUUUCCCUCAAGCUGCCGCCCCGCUCUCGAUGGCUCAUCCGCUGCUCGCCGCAGGCAUCAACCUCAUCCGCUAUGUUCAGCACUGGCCUGGCAGAGCUGUUUCCAUCACCCUUGGAGAUGUUGUGACUCUGAACAACGACACACUGAGUGAAAUCCUGCAGCAAGUUCUGCAGGGCAUUGAGAUACCCCUGGACAAGGCUAUUCCCCUGACAUUGGACAAAGCCAUGGUGCAGUCUUAUUUAUGUGAAAACAGCAGUAACCCGAUAUGGCUCACGGCAGCGUGCAGAACAGGCACCGUGGACAUGCUUCUGAGUAUGGUCAGCCCUGACAAGGUGGCAAAGAAGGCUCUGCUGGCAUGGAGUCGCCAUGUUGCCCCACACGACGUGUCUUUUGCCAAAGGGCUGGUCUACAGUCUCAUCAAAGAUUUGUCUCCUGGAGAACCAGAAGGCUCCACCAUCACGAGGACCCGGCGCAGCACAGACGCACAGCCAGAAAAUAUUGAGGAAGAGCUGUUUUUGAACGUCGGUCACAUUGUGCUCAACUUGGUAAAUGCUUUGCCAGAAGUGGAUGUGGUUGUGCAAAGCAUCCUGAGGAGUGGCUUUCAGUCCAUGAAGUCAGUGACGUUGGCGUUAAACACUGUUGAAGAACUCUUGAGCAGUUUCCUGGCCGAUGCUAACAAUCUGCAGCAGACCGUUGAUAUGCUGCUGACGAAUCAGUCUGACUCAAGCAUUUGGUUUGACCGGGUUCUGGACAGUGUGAUGAAAGCAAUUGUGAAGGGAAUGUCAUCAGAGUCUGUGACAUGCAAAGAGGUUUUGGGUCUCUUCGAGUGGCUCCUCCCCACUGAGACGGUUGAGAUUGAAGUGUGGCGAGCAAUGAUCUGCCAAAACAGCUCCAGACUGGAACAAGUCCUGUUGAUGGACUGGAAACCUCUGCUUACACAAGUAGUGGAGUUGUACAGCACUUUGAAAGGUGAAGCAAACUUCACUGUUCCACUUCCCAUGAUCCUCUCCGAGUGGCAUCAGUUGUAUAACAGCAGCAUGCGGUUUGGGAACAUUUUGUACCAACUUCCUGAAAGACUGGAUGAGGAAUACUGGAUGAACUGGAUGCCUGAAAAUAACACUCAUGACAUUGGUGAAACCCUUCAGAAGAGCGUCUCCCUCUUUUUGGUAAAUCUUGGAGAAAAUAUUGAGAGGAGUCAUCUGUGGCCUGAGGUAAAGGACUAUUUCCAUAUGGCUUACUGGAUUUUGAACUACAGGCCUGAAGUCACAACUGAGCCAGCAAACUGCUCUGCCAGUGCCAAUCUCACCAUUCACUGCGAUACCGGUUUCAGAUGGCCAGUCUUUGUUCAAGCAGUGACUCAGGCACUAAUGGCACAGAGCCCAGGUGUCCUGGUGAACAGCCUCAAAGGAGCUGUGAAUCUGCUGCAGCACGUGUAUGGCAACACCUAUAAGGGAUUGGCAUCCUUGUUUCUUAAACAGGAAAUCGAAGGCGGAGAUGCCCUCUCCGCGUAUCUGAUUAACUUGAUCAAUGAGCUGAAUGAGUUUGUCCAGAAGAUCUCCACUCUCUCGGAUGAAAACAUCAAUGAUCCCAGCGUGAUGGGUCCACUCGUCAGUAACCUGUUCGAGUCCACAGGCCUGGGUCCACUUCUACCUGUGAUCCUCAGCGACGAUCCAGUAAAUGUCAGCACAGUUCUUCAUGUCGCCUCGCAGCUUGGCAGACACAACCAGCACAUUUUUACCUUCAAUGAGUCAGAUCCAACAAUGCCUGAUCUGCAAUCACUGAUAGUAGAGUUCCUCUCAGUGGGGGGUAACCUCACAAUCCCUCUCUCUCACAUCAUGGGAAACUCUCUGCUGACCUAUGUUGGAGACAUACAUCCUGAUAAACUUGCCCAUGUCAAAGCGGCGCUUCAGCCUUUUACCAACCAGACGUCAGCAGGUCUCGUGGAAACCAUCCUCAGUGCCACAGAGUUGCUGAACACAUUGGUUUCUCCCAAUACCAAUGUAGCUGACGCCAUUCUUCUCUACCUUCAGGAAAUUCAAAAAUUUAUAAUUUCUCUGUUCAGAAUGCAAAAGAUCGAUCAACUUCUGUCACCAAAUGGGCAGCUCAGCAUGGCUCAAGUCACAGAUCUCAGCCUGUCAGUCAUGGACUUCCUCCACCUCUUCACCCCUGAGGGCAUACACAACCUCACUCAGAUGGGACCAGAUGCUGCACAGGACACUGUCAUCAUGAAGUUUGUUGCAGUCUUGCCACCAGAGGUCCAAGAAAAUGCUACUUACUUUCUUCAGAAUUUGAAAAAAUUGCAGCAUCAAGCUGCAAAUUGUCCAUCAGGCCAAAACUGCUUGGUUGGAAUUUCAGAAAUCUUCACCUUCCUGGAUCAGGUGUUAGAUAUGAUCAUCUCAGGGAAUGGGAAUGACAGCAUUGAAGUGGCUAAACUCAGUUUGGUGAUGACUAGUGAAGAAGAUCAGGAGAUAGCGUCCACUGUUUUGUCAUUCCUCUUGCCGCCAAACGCCGUUCCUUCGGUUGUGUCAUUCAAAGAAGUUGUGAAUUUCAUCAGAUUGGCCAUAGCUGCACCAAAUAUUACUGUGACGAGUCUCCAGAAUGCCCUGAUUCAGUCAGGUCUGACUUUCCAGGAACUACAAAUGUUUGCUGAGCUAGCUGGAGGUACCGACAUAGGAGAGCUGUUGGUAACCAUGUUGGAACUUGUCAACGUCCAGCAGUGUUUCCAGCCCCAGGAUGACCCGAUGGUGACGGUUCAUUGCGUGACAGAACUGGUGAACAGGCUCAGUGGGUUUUUGAUGCAAGUGCCCUCGCUCCAUGAUAACAGGGCCGUCCUUUCCUUAAUCCCACAAAUUGUCAACAGGACGAUCAGUGACACCAUCCAAGCUAACUUCAGUUCGAGCCCAGACAGGAUUCUCGUGCAGGCCCUGAACAGCACCCUGUCCAACAUCAAGACCGUCCUGCAUCAGAACCAGCUCAACUCUCCCGAGAUCAUGAGAGAAAUCAGGGUGGUGGAGGGCCUCAUACGCUUCAUUGCCAGCAUCGAUCCUAACGAAUUGUUUAACGCCACCUUGAUGAAUGAUCCCGUGCGAGCUCAGACUGUUUAUCUACAGCUUGUGGGGUGGUACUUGCAAAAACUGGAAACCAUCACCAGGAACAGUUCAGCCUCAGAGUUCCUUCAGCCCUUCUUCCAAGUAGCGCAGAUGCAGGUGACCAUACAGCUGGCACAGACCAACUUAUCCAUGUUUAUCAGCAACAGGAUUGAGAACUUGAUGAACAAUCUACAGCGUCCAGUAGACGGUGCGGGACUGAAGAUGAUUGGCUUGACAUCUGUCGAAAUUCUUGAUCGUCUUUGGGAUUCAAUCAAGAUGAAUCUAGAAUAUCAGAAUAUGAUUCAAGACUAUCAGUUGUUCAAUGAAUCCGUUCUUUAUUCAACUGAACAGCAAAUCAAACUCUAUCUCGGAUUCAUUCAGGAGUGGAUGAAACAGCCCAGUGUCCCGCUGGUGCUCACAAACAUGCUGCAAUGGGGAAACUCCUCCGUCCUCGUGUCUGAACGUCUGACAGACAUCCGAGACUUGAUGCAAACGCUGCCUGCGUUUCUCAGUGGUGACCAGCAGGCUUACCUCUCCGUAAUUAACAAUAUCACACGGUCCCUUAAUGAAGCCAUAAUGUUGGCUGAAUCAGGCGGUCUGCAAAGUGAAGCCUUCACAGCGGCCAUCUUAAAAGCAGUCCAGACCACCAUGCACCUGGCGACCACAGCCACGGGACCCCUGCCACAUGCCGUACAAGAGAACAUCCUGGAAAUUGUGCGAGACUCACUGAGUCUGAUUGUCCAUCCAAACAUGAGCUUCGCUUCAUCGCGCAACAUUUCCCUGCGCAUCCUCAAGAGAGCAGAACACAUCGUUACAGAUAUAAUCCCACAAGAGGCCGCAGGAUUCCCGCUUGCAAUAAUCAAAGUGAUAACCACAUACUUCAGGACCAUCUCUGAGGGGGGAGGACCGGACAAGUGGAAUGAACUGAUUUUAAAUGAGAUGAAAACGAUCCAAAGCCUCCUGCCACCAAACAGCACGGCCCAGUAUUACAUCUCUGAACUCAUUAACAUCACUAACUUCGUCUUGGAAUCUGGCCAAGGAAACAUGAGUCUCUGGGCAGCUUUUGAAAAUGCAGCAGAGGGAAAUGUGUCGGGAAUGAUGAGUCAGGCCUUGUCAUCUGCUGUCUUGGAAAUCAUCCGAACUGCUCUGGACCUCCUGAACACACAGACGGGACUGCUGCCACACCCUGUACAAGAGAACAUCCUGGAAAUUGUGCAAGAUUCACUGAGUCUGAUUCUCCAUCCAAACAUGAGCUUCACUUCAUCGCGCAACAUUUCCCUGCACAUCCUCAAGAGAGCAGAACACAUCGUUACAGAUGUAAUCCCACAAGAGGCCGCAGGAUUCCCGCUUGCAAUAAUCAAAGUGAUAACCACAUACUUCAGGACCAUCUCUGGUGGGGGAGGACCGGACAAGUGGAAUGAACUGAUUUUAAAUGAGAUGAAUACGAUCCAAAGCCUCCUGCCACCAAACAGCACGGCCCAGUAUUACAUCUCUGAACUCAUUAACAUCACUAACUUCAUCUUGGAAUCUGGCCAAGGAAACAUGAGUCUCUGGGCAGCUUUUGAAAAUGCAGCAGAGGGAAAUGUGUCGGGAAUGAUGAGUCAGGCCUUGUCAUCCGCUAUCUUGGAAAUCAUCCGAACUGCUCUGGACCUCCUGAACACACAGACGGGACUGCUGCCACACCCUGUACAAGAGAACAUCCUGGAAAUUGUGCGAGAUUCACUGAGUCUGAUUGUCCAUCCAAACAUGAGCUUUGCUUCAUCUCGCAACGUUUCCCUGCACAUCCUCAAGAGAGCAGAACACAUCGUUACAGAUGUAAUCCCACAAGAGGCCGCAGGAUUCCCGCUUGCAAUAAUCAAAGUGAUAAACACAUACUUCAGGACCAUCUCUGGUGGGGGAGGACCGGACAAGUGGAAUGAACUGAUUGUCAAUGAGAUGAAGGUAGUCCUGAGCUUCCUGCCGCCAAACAGCACUGAACAUUAUUACAUCUCCACCCUCAUUAACGCCACUGAGUACAUCUUGGCGUCUGGUGACGGAAACUCCAGUUUCUGGGCAAAUUUUCAAAAUACAUCUGAAGGAGGUUGGAUUGAGAUGAUUCGCCAGAUCGUAAUGGUGGCUGAAAAUACAGGUGAUCCUCAAAGUGACGCCUUCUCAGCUGCCAUCUUGGAAAUUGGGCGCACUUUCAUGGACCUCCUGUCUCCGACCCUGGGGAGCCUGCCGCGUCCGGUGCAGCAGAGCAUCCUGGAAAUUGUGCGAGAUUCACUGAGUCUGACUCUCCAUCCAAACAUGAGCUUCGCUUUGUCACGUCACAUUUCCCUCCGCAUCCUGACGAGAGUCGAGAAGGUCGUUUCACACGUAAUACCGGAAGGAGCAGCAGGAUACCUGAUUCCUCUCAUCAAAGCGACAACCACAUAUUUUGAGACCAUCUCUGAGGGGGGAGGACCGGACAAUUGGAAUGAACUGAUUGUCAAUGAGAUGAAGGUAGUCCUGAGCUUCCUGCCGCCAAACAGCACUGAACAUUAUUACAUCUCCACCCUCAUUAACGCCACUGAGUACAUCUUGGCGUCUGGUGACGGAAACUCCAGUCUCUGGGCAACUUUUCAAAAUACAUCUGAAGGAGGUUGGAUUGAGAUGAUUCGCCAGAUCGUAAUGGUGGCUGAAAAUACAGGUGAUCCUCAAAGUGACGCCUUCUCAGCUGCCAUCUUGGAAAUUGGGCGCACUUUCAUGGACCUCCUGUCUCCGACCCUGGGGAGCCUGCCGCGUCCGGUGCAGCAGAGCAUCCUGGAAAUUGUGCGAGAUUCACUGAGUCUGACUCUCCAUCCAAACAUGAGCUUCGCUUCGUCACGUCACAUUUCCCUCCGCAUCCUGACGAGAGUCGAGAAGGUCGUUUCACACGUAAUACCGGAAGGAGCAGCAGGAUACCUGAUUCCUCUCAUCAAAGCGACAACCACAUAUUUUGAGACCAUCUCUGAGGGGGGAGGACCGGACAAUUGGAAUGAACUGAUUGUCAAUGAGAUGAAGGUCGUCCUGAGCUUCCUGCCGCCAAACAGCACUGAACAUUAUUACAUCUCCACCCUCAUUAACGCCACUGAGUACAUCUUGGCGUCUGGUGACGGAAACUCCAGUCUCUGGGCAAAUUUUCAAAAUACUUCUGAAGGAGGUUGGAUUGAGAUGAUUCGCCAGAUCGUAAUGGUGGCUGAAAAUACAGGUGAUCCUCAAAGUGACGCCUCCUCAGCUGCCAUCUUGGAAAUUGGGCGCACUUUCAUGGACCUCCUGUCUCCGACCCUGGGGAGCCUGCCGCGUCCGGUGCAGCAGAACAUCCUGGAAGUUGUGCGAGACUCACUGAGUCUGACUCUCCAUCCAAACAUGAGCUUCGCUUCGUCACGUCACAUUUCUCUGCGCAUCCUGAAGAGAGCAGAGAGCAUUGUUACACAAAUUAUACCAGAAGAGGCUGCGGGAUAUGUGCUUUCUGUCAUCAAAGUUGCAACCACAUAUUUUGAGACCAUCUCUGAGGGGGGAGGACCGGACAAAUGGAAUGAACUGAUUUUAAAUGAGAUGAUGACAGUCCAAAGCCUCCUGCCACCAAACAGCGCGGCCCAGUAUUACGUCUCCGUCAUCAUUAACGUCACUAACUUCAUCCUGGAGUCCGACCAAGGAAACGCAAGCCUCUGGACAAGUUUGCAGAAUGCAUCAGAGGAGAAUUUGCCAGAAGUUAUGGGACAGAUUGGAAAACUCUUUGGCAUGAUUUGGCCACUGGUAACAGGAGGCACAGGCUCACAUUCAACUGCUGCACCUCUGGAGGCUUUUCAUCAUCUGGCUGAGGUCCUGGAGCAGAUGAUGACAGGGAGGGCUGACAAAGACACCUGGGACAGAUUCGCGCAGAUGCUGGAGUCUUUAUUGUGGCUCCUCGAAGACACAGACCUGUGGGACAAUGUCCCGUCUGUGAUCCCAAUGAUGGAGAAGAUCAUAAAAAAUGUUGUGAAGACAAUGGACGCAGAAAAUGAGAUGCUUACAAGCCUUGAGCUGCCGCUGGUUACCCUGAUAGGAGAACUGACUCAGUCCUUGAACAGCAGCGAUUUCGACGACUCUCUGGUUAUGGAGAGAAUGAUUGAUGCCAUCGACAACACAGUGAAAGCUGCUCAGCAGGCGAAUGGCACACUGGAGUGCAGUCAGGCUCUCGUGAUGUGGGAGCCAGUGAGAGAGGCAGCGGGGCUGAGCAAAGCGAGUUUGGCCUUGUGGUGCGAGCUCAGACUGAAGCCUGUUUUGGAAGCUCAUGCUGCAGCCCAGACUGUCUACUCCCACCUGAACAUGAGUCACGUGGAAGAGGGGCCAAUCAGCGUGAGCGCCGCGGCAGACAGGAUUGUGGAGAUUUCACAGUGUGUCUACAAAGUCAACGUUAACCGCACACACGCGAUGGAGCAGCUAUUCAUGACGUUGUACAACCAGAUCUCCUCAUUGGCAGACAUUACUCCGAGCCCCGAGGAAGAGCAGGAGUUCUACAACCAGUUCCAGAACAUGCAGUUGCAGGACAGUUUGCACUUCAUUUCCGAGCUCCUUGACGAGCUGGUUGUCCUGGAGCCCUCUUUAAAGCCCUACACUGACUGCCUUCUCAGCAGCCUUGGCCACGUUUUGAAAAACAGAACUGUCGCUCAGGGCAGCAGCUCGUUGCAGGAUCGCCUUCAAGAGGCAGCAGUGGGCUUCCUGAGAUGCGCCAACAUCACCUCAUAUGACAUGGCCAUGAUGUGGGGAAAUCUUUCCAGCUUCGAUGAGGCGUCUGUUGCAGAGGCAAUGAGGACAAUUUUAAAACUGAUGGUUGAGAUGAAGAUCUUUGGGGAUGAUCCUGAGGUUUAUCAAAACAUUCAGCAGCUCCUGAAAUCCCCUGAAGCAAACUUGAUGAUAGAUGAAAUUGCUGAAAUGGCCGUCUGGCUGCUCACCACUGAGGCGUCUGGACCGGAUCUCCUACAUGUGGCUCUUGCAAAAAUCUCAGACAUCAUUCGACCUGCCAUGUCUCUCUUGACAAAGACUUCUGAGCCACAAAAUGCGAAACUGAUUGAAGGCCUGGUUGAAAACGCCUUGGCCAUGCUUCAUCGGCUGUUAAGCACGGGCGGUUUUCUGCCCCCCAUGGACCAUCAGCCUGGUGGAUUACUGUCAGGAAUGACCGGCAAUCAUCACCAAAUGAGGGUUAGACAAAGACGCGACGUACAAAUGAAGAUGAUGAGAGAACCCAUGGAUUACUUCCUAGAUCUUUUGUACAUUGACUACCCAACCAUGUUCAAAGCCCUCUCCGUGGUUCCUACACCAGAAGACAUUCUGGAGACGGCUCAUGUGUUUUUUUCCAAUCCGGACCUGAGCGUCGUCGUCAACGGAGUCAUGAAUGACCUGCAGCUGGGAUGGAAUAACACUGCAGAAAGGACUGUCGAUGCCACCCUCGGUGUGCUCUCCUACCUCACUGUUCCUCACCUAUUCGACAGGUCAUCACUGCGUACCUUGGCGAACGCUGUUAAUAUGCUUCCUGUUGGCUUCCCAUUCUCCUCCGCCAUAAAACAGCUCACCAGAGCGCUGGCAAAUGAAUCUCAAGAGAACCUGAUGCUAAUGCCGCGGACCUUCCAAACAAUGGCUGCGCUCCUCCAGAUCAGCCCGUCAGACCCACUUUUCAAAAAGCAGCUUGAGCAGCUGAAUUUCCAGGUGUGUGUCUUGGAGGGUAUGGAGUCUGUGCGCCUGCUGAUGCAGAGCCUCUCCGUGCAGCCCGGCCAGCUCUGCCACAGCAUUCUGCCUGGCCUGCAGACCCUGCUGGAGGGUCUGCUGAUGGACCCCAGCACUCUGUCUGACAUCGUCUUCCAGGCUGUCGUCGGAGACCCCAAGACCUACAAAGUUCAUGCAAACUGGACCUCUGCGUUUACUCAGAGUUUGGAUCUCGACAUGGACAGCCUGCGCUCUCUGAGAGCUAAUGCCACCUCACCAGGAACUGUGACAGUCGGCGAGAUGCUGAGGAAUAAAACCGCGUUUGUCCUGGAUGUUGAGCGCCACAUGAUGUUUGAUCGGAGAACUCUGGACCGGCUGACGGAAACCAAGCUUCCAAACAGUAAUUUAGAGAUCCUGUCGUGGUUCACGAAGCUGCGCUGCAGCAACUCCACGGCAUCGGCGCAAACAGAUGCAGAGUUCCUCCAGACCUUCUGCUCCAUGUCUGUUCUGCAGUGGUACAGAUUCUCAGUGCUGAUGGCUCGCCGCAUCAACUUUGAGAAACUCAUUUACAGGAUGGCAUUGCCUGAAGAGGCGCAGACACUGGUGGGAGCCAUGCUUCAGAUGGCAGAGUUCAUCACAGACAGCAUGACCACGAUCCUCCCUGCCGUCUCUCAGCUGCAGACUUACCUGCGGAGCAUCGAAGAUCUCAACUUGUUAGCCAACAAUGAAUUUCACCAAAUGUCAAGAGGACAGAGAUCGAGCAUUUCCACCCAAGCUACGUUUGUGACCCUCUCCCGAGCUUUAUGCAGCAACGGCAUCCUGGCUCUGUUCGGGAUCUCCCAACUCCCCGUCAAGUCGGAGUCAGAUCCCUCUUCCUUCAACACCCCAGAGAGAGAGGAGAUGAUCGAGAGGUUCAAGCUUCCUCGAAAUGCCACACCAUUCUGCAUGAACAUGUAUCUGGACAUGGUCAAUACCACAGGCGGGGCCAUCGCCUGGGCUUUCCUCAAGCCGAUGCUGAUGGGGCAAAUCCUGUACACACCCGACACACCCACAACCAGGGCUAUCAUGGAGAAGGCCAACGACACCUUGCAGGAGUUUGCAGAUCUCAGGAAACAUUCUCAGGAGUGGCUCCGCUCCUCAAAGUACAUUGUAGACUCUGCCAAAGUGCUGGGCCACACUCUGCCAAUGCUGCAGAAUUCCCUCGGCAAUUCCUUUGUGAAGAAUUUCAUUGAGAUGCAGACAGACAUCAAUGUCGGCAGAAUGAAGGAGACGCUCAGCACCUUCUCUAACAUGACGCUGCUGCUGGAGAAGAACAAACACAUACUGAAACAGAUCAGUGCCCUGUCCACCCUGAUGGUGGACCUCUCGUCCUGCAUCAAAUUCGACCGCUACCGUGGAUAUGAUUCGGCCGACCAGCUGAACGCAGAAGCCCAGGCGCUUGCCAAAAGCCGUGAUCUCUAUGCAAGUGUUAUUUUCAAGCUUCCUAAUGAUGAGGAUGCUUCAAGGGAACGUGAGGCCAGAUCCUCCUCCUCCAACUCCACUCUGCCUCCCAGAGUCAGCUACACCAUCCGCAUGCACAUGGACAACGUCAUGCGCACGGACAGAGUCCGGAACCCGUACUUUGUGAAGGACUCACACAUCUCAUCACGCCUCACGAUGCGCUACAACCGGGGAUUCGUCUACCUGCAGGAAAACAUUGAUCGGGCCAUCAUUGAAAUCCACGCUGGACACAAAGUCACAGAUCUGGCCGUGCAGAUCCAGCCCUUCCCCUAUCCGUGCUAUUUCAGAGAUGCGUACCUGGAGGCCAUCUCUUUUGUCUUCCCUAUCAUGCUGAUGAUCGCCUGGGUUUUGUUUGUGGCUGAUUUUGUGAAAAAACUGGUGCACGAGCGAGAGCUGAGACUACAUGAGUACAUGAAAAUGAUGGGCGUUAACCCGUUCAGCCACUUCUUCGCCUGGUUCCUGGAGUGCACCUUCUAUUUGGUGCUGACCAUCUUCAUCCUCACAAUGCUGCUGAAGUACGGCAAGAUCCUGCCGCACAGUGACGCCUCCCUCAUUUUCGUGUACUUCUGCGACUACGGCUUGAGCAUAAUCGCCUUCAGCUACAUGGUCAGCUCCUUCUUCGACAAAACCUACAUCGCUGGACUGAGCGGGAGCCUCCUUUACAUCCUCUGCUUCUUCCCGUUCAUCGUUGUCAUGGCCAUGGAAACUGGCCUCACGUUUGUCCAGAAGAGCCUGCUGAGCCUGUUUUCCCCGACAUGUUUCAGUUACGCCAGUCAGUACGCCUCUCGAUAUGAAUCUCAAGGAGAAGGAAUUCACUGGAGCAACUCGUACGUCUCGCCCAUCGCUGAAGACACGUCCUCGUUCGGCUGGCUCUGCUGGCUCAUGCUCAUCGACUCCAUCCUCUACUUCAUCAUCGGAGCCUACAUCCGCAUGGUCUUUCCAGGGAAAUAUGGCAUCCCGGCUCCAUGGUACUUCCCUUUCCAGCGCUCCUUCUGGGCUGACCUGUGCUGUUGCUUCCAGUCUCAGAGCAACAAGAGCAAAGGACUCUUCUUUAGCAACAUCAUACAGAGCAACCAGCCCGUCUUCUCAGAUGACAAAGGAAAAAGCCGGAGCGCUCUCACCUCCGAGGCCGCUGAGGACUUUUCCGAUCUCCCGGUGGGCGUUGCUCUGCACGGUCUCACAAAGCUCUAUGGCAACCAAGCAGCCAUUGAAAAUCUCAACGUGUCCUUCUACGAGGGCCACGUGACUUCGCUGCUCGGUCACAACGGAGCCGGCAAGACCACUACCAUGUCCCUCCUGACUGGCCUGUUUGCCCCAAGCUCAGGCACCAUAGAGGUUUAUGGCAGAGACAUGCAGGCAAACAUUGACAAAAUCCGCAAAGAGCUGGGCGUCUGCAUGCAGUACGACGUCCUCUUUGACCACAUGACCACCAAGGAGCACCUGCUGCUGUAUGGCCAGAUCAAGGCGCCACACUGGUCACCCAGAGAACUACGCGAACAAGUCCGCACGAUCCUAGAGGAGACAGGCAUGUACGCUCACAGACACAAGCGGGUGGGCACCCUGUCAGGCGGCAUGAAACGCAAGCUGUCAAUCUCCAUCGCCUUCAUAGGGGGCUCUCGCUUGGUGGUUCUGGAUGAACCCACCACAGGAGUCGAUCCCUGCUCCAGGCGCAGCAUCUGGGACAUUGUUAUCCAACAUAAGAAACACCGCACCAUCAUCAUGUCCACCCAUCACCUCGACGAAGCUGAAGUGCUCAGUGACCGUAUCGCCUUUCUGGAGAGAGGAGGCCUGAAAUGCUGCGGGUCUCCCUUCGACUUGAAAGACAAGCUGGGUCAAGGCUACAAACUCACCCUCACCAAGAAGAUGGAAAAGUCAGAGUCACGGCGCAUUGACGAUGCUGAACUGAAGUCCUUUAUCCAAGCCCAUGUACCUGAGGCACGUCUGAAAGAUACCCAGGGAGGCGACUUGGUCUACUCACUGCCACCUUUCACCUCAUCCAACGCCUCCACGUAUCGCUCCCUCCUGACUGCUCUGGACUCCAACCUGGAUGCCCUACAGCUCGGAGGCUAUGGCAUCUCUGACACCACGCUGGAGGAAGUGUUCCUCCAGUUGACUCACAAUACAGACGGCGAGGACGGUCCCCUGUCUAUCUCGGAGACUGUCUCUGACUCAGCAUCCAUCGACAGCUUUCCUUCAGACCUCAGUGAGAGCAUCCCCAACUUUGGUGACAAGAUCAAACUAACCAGUUCAUCCACAGUGAGUGGUUUGGCCCUGGCCUGGCAGCAGAUGACAGCCAUCCUGAUCAAGAGGUUCCACCACAGCCGCAGAGACUACAAGGGUCUGAUCUCCCAGAUCCUGCUUCCUGUGAUCUUUGUGGUGUUUGCUAUGGGCCUGGGCUCCAUCAAGAAUGACCUGCAACAUUACCCCGAGCUGGAGCUCAGUCCUGGGCUCUACAACCUCGGCCCGAGCUACUCCUUCUUCAGCAACCAAAACCCCAGCUCCAACCGCCUGGUGGACAGAAUGAUGUCCUUCCCAGGGAUCGACAACGCCUGCCUCGACAAGUCUAAUGACAAGGUUUGCAGUCGAAAGACAAACAGCUGGAUUUCCACAGGGAACCGAUCCAAAGCAUUUAGUGUCUGUAAAUGCCCCCACCGGGAACAGAUUUGUGACGCGGACAACUUCCAGCCCCCCCACAGGAGCAUCCCGUCAUCCCAGGUCGUCUACAACCUGAGCGGCAUCAAUGUGGAGACGUAUCUGGUGGCGACGGCCAACGACUUCAUCAGGAACAGAUAUGGAGGCUUUGCUUUUGGCUCGCCGCUUCCGCCUGACUUGCAAAUGGACGUUAAAAUCGUGCCUAAAAACCGCACACUGUCUAAGGUCUUGUACAACCCCGAAGGCCACCACACAAUGCCGGCAUACUUAAACAGCCUCAACAACCUGAUCCUGCGCGCCAAUCUCCCAGCAGACAAGGAUCCACGCAAAUACGCCAUUUCUGUUUCCAGCCACCCCUAUUUUGGCCGGGCUGAUGAUGAAGAUGCAGUUGUCCAGGGAAUGCUGCAGAUCCUCGUGGCUAUGUGUGUGCUGACAGGCUAUUCAAUAAUGACAGCCAGCUUCGCCAUCUAUGAAGUUAAUGAGCACCACAGCGGGUCUAAGAGGCUUCAACACAUCGCUGGCAUCAGUGAGCCCUUCUACUGGACUGUGAAUUUCAUCUAUGACAUGACCAUCUAUAUGAUCCCCGUGACUCUGACCGUCGCCGUGAUUGCCAUCUUCCAGAUUCCAGCGUUUACCUAUCGACAGAAUCUGGCUGCUGUCACACUUCUGCUGGUGCUGUUUGGGUUUUCUACCUUCCCAUGGAUGUACCUGUUAUCGGGUUUCUUCAAGGAUGCAGAAAUGGCCUUCAUCACCUACGUGUGCCUCAACCUCUUCCUCAGCAUCAACACCAUCAUCUCCACCUCGAUCCUCCACUUCAUAAGUCAGAUUUCACAGAAUCACCCUGAGGCGAUCAAGGCCAUCUUCAAGAAGCUGUGCCACGCGUUCCUCAUCUUCCCCCAGUUCAACUUUGGGAACGGGAUGCUGGAGCUGGCCAGGAUGAACAUAAACGUGCAGCUUCUCCUGGGCUAUGGAGUUGAUGCCUAUAAGGAUCCGUUCUCCACUGACGCCCUGGGCUGGAUGUUCAUCUCCGCUUUCAUCCAAGGCCUGUUCUUCUUCAGCCUGCGUCUGCUGCUCAACAAGUCUCUCAUCCGGAAAGUCAGGCACCUCGUUUUGGGCAGAAAGACUGUGCCUCAGGUGGCAUAUGAGGACCAAGACGAAGACGUGGCGACGGAGCACCUGCGGGUGUCCAGCGGAGCCGCCUCCUCGGACAUACUGCAGGUCAACCAGCUCACCAAGGUCUAUCAGCACUUCAAGAGGAAGAUCCCUGCGGUCAAGAGAUUGUCGGUUGGCAUCCCCGCUGGAGAGUGCUUUGGCCUGCUGGGAGUGAACGGAGCAGGAAAAACCACCACUUUCAAAAUGCUGACUGGUGAUGUAAGCCCAACUGAUGGAAGCGCACAGAUCAGGGACUGGGAAGGGCGUCUGGUGGACAUCAUGGAGUGCCGAAACAAGGGAAUUAACAUCGGAUACUGUCCCCAACAAGACGCACUGGACCACCUGCUCACCGGCGAGGAGCAUUUGUACUUUUAUGCUCGCAUCCGCGGCAUUUCAAAGAAACAAAUACGAGGGGUGGUGAACUACCUCCUGAAGAGGCUGGAGCUGAACUUCCACAGAAACAUCAUUACCGACGGCUACAGCUGCGGCACCCGCAGGAAGCUCUCCACUGCGCUGGCUCUCGUCGGCCAUCCUCAAAUCCUGCUGCUGGAUGAACCAAGCUCUGGCAUGGACCCUCGCACCAAACGCCACCUCUGGAAAAUCAUCACUGAAGAAGUGAAAGGAAAAUGUGCCGUGGUUCUCACCUCUCACAGCAUGGAGGAGUGUGAGGCGCUGUGCUCCCGCCUCGCCAUCAUGGUGAAAGGUCAGUUCCAGUGCCUGGGCUCCUUGCAGCACAUUAAGAACAGGUUCGGCAGUGGGUUCACUGUGAAGAUGUACUUGGCCGAGGCGUCCUGUGAUGCAGAGGCAAUCACUGGCUUCAUGCAGGGCAGAUUUCCCAGCACUUAUCUCAAGGACCAGCACUCUGCCAUGGUGGAGUACCAUGUCCCGUUUGCUCCUGGAGGGGUGGCUGACAUCUUCUACCAGCUGGAGUCCAACAAAAAUGCUCUGCGGAUCAAACACUUCUCUGUGAGCCAGACCACGCUGGAUGAGGUUUUCAUCAACUUUGCGAUGGGAAAGAACGGGAUGAAAACCAUAGCGUUUGACAGUGAAGACGAACAAGAUGACCUGGACACGACGAAGGCGGUGCAGACGUAGGACACACUGCUGCAACUUAGCCCACUGUGAGAUGAAAGAAAUGAUCUGCGCAUGGAUAAAAGAAUAAAAGUUUUAAACUUCAAUAUCGCUAUUUAAAAAAAAAAAACCACUAUUAGUGAAUGUGUCAUGACUAAUCAUAUGAAAUGUAAACUAAAUUUGUUUAAAAAAAAAUCAAACAUAAAA